AGAAUAAGUUGAGCUGUGCCCCUGAAUAUCGCCGAGUCCUUCGUUUCAGAGGGGAUACAAUUCGGCUGGGCCAAUACAGUACCAGCUAUCAAAUUCAAAGAGGGGACUGUUAUGACGUCUUCAAAGCUCGACGAUUUAUACGCUCGACUCAAGCCCCCUCUCUCCAGUCUUCCUCGACUACUUGACAGCCAUCUACACUCACACUCAACACUUAUCCACAACACAGUCCACCAUGUCUGCACCUUCUACCUUUGAUUUUUCUGGAAGAACCUUCAUUGUCACCGGGGGCACCCGAGGGAUUGGGUACGCGUAUAGCGACGCUCUCGCUAAGGCCCAUGCCAGAGUGGCAAUCAUCUACAGGACCCGCAAGGAUGACGCUGAAAAAGCCGCUAAAGAACUUAGUGAGAAACACGGCGUCUCGGUCAUGGCUUUCCAGUGCGACACCGUCAAUGCUGAGCAGACGGUCAGGAUGUUUGCUGACAUUGACAAACGCCUUGGCCCCGUCACAGGAGUUAUUGCAAAUUCUGCUGGCGUUUCUGUCAUGAAGCGUGCUGAGGAGCUGACCAACGAGGACUUCAAAUACGUGUAUGAUGUCAAUGUCCUCGGUGUGUUCAACAGCGCUAGGGCUGCUCAAAAGCUUUGGCAAGGCAGGGAGCCGAAGAACUUUUCGAUCGUUGUCACGUCCUCCAUUAGCUCGAAGAUCAUCAACCAAGCUGCCACAAACGAGCCGUUGAGGCAGGCUUUCUACAAUUCAUCCAAGGCCGCCGUCUCCCACCUUGCAAGGGCUUUGGCUGCUGAAUGGGCUCGUGAAAAAAUCAGAGUGAACGUAGUGUCUCCUGGCUAUGUGGACACGGAUCAAACCAGGGGCAUAGACAAGAACAUACUCGAACAUCAAAAGAAGAACAUUCCCAUGGGACACUUCGCUCGUCCCGAGCAGAUCACAGGCCAGGCACUUUUGCUCUUGUCUGAGCACGCCAGUUACAUGACUGGUGGGGAAUACUUCGUUGACGGGUACGUCGGGCGAUCGCACCGGUGAAACUGCAAAGAUUCUGAUGCCUUUCGUAUUUGUUUAGCGGUGAACUCCUCUGGUAA